CAAGUCUCGGACACCCCGACGCGAGCCGGCCUUCCCAUUCAUUCCCAUUAUCAUCGUCAAUCGACCUUUUACGAGAUGCGCUAGAAGACACAGUCAGCCUCCUUCCUUUCUUCCUUCCUUUCUUCCUUCCUUCUAUCACACCACACCACACCACACCAAACCCUCCCCCCCAGAUUCCGCGACUCAUCACUCGGUUAGUUUAUCAUACUAUUAUCACCCUUUUGAAAAAAAAACCCACCUGCAUACCGUACAUACUUUUUUUUUUCCGCGCUUUUUUGUUUUUUGAAACCUCUUCCUCUCCUUUUCCCAAACCGUUCGCACAAGUAGAGUAAGUAAACAAAAAUCUUACGACAUGGGAUCCUAUCCUAUCCUAUCCUGUGCUAUCCCGCCCCGUUCCCAUCUUGUGAUACCAGUCUUUAAUCUUUAAUCGCCCUGUCGCGCACGUCCCCUCUUCUCCCCGGGGUAUCCACUAUAAGUUGACAUGCACUAUAUAAGUACUCUACAGUACAUUACCAGCAGGGGGGGGGAAAGUAAAAUUCCCCGAAGCACGACCGAUAUACGCAGACAAGCAGGCGAGCCAAAGGAACGUACAAGUAACAGCCGGUAGUCUAAUUAUUGCAACGUACGAGUACUGCGCGAGUACAGUACCGGGUCAAUUUAAAUUUUAGGGAAAGUACUUUUAGUAUCGUCCGUUAUAUUUGCUUUUUUUUUUUCCUCUUCCUCCUGCUUCUUUCAAGGUAGACAGGUUGCACGCGGCGGCGCAGGAGUGGUUGCUAUGGUGGGAGAGGCAGGAGGGCGGUUGUGAACACCUCGGUUCCUGAUGUGAAUACAGAUAGGCACAGUAUGUUAGAGAGAGGGGCAAGCACGGCACGGUACUGUACGUAUGGUACCAUAAUCCGGUAGCGAGACCACGGAGCACGAGUGAUUGUUUAUGGCGUCUAGACUCGCAGCUAGAGUU